UCGACGACACAUUUAAUUUUACCCUUGAAAGGCCUAUCACCGGAAACGAAAAGGAAAGGAAAGAGCGCAAGAUACAAGCAUUUUGACUGUCUUCCUGUCUCGAACAGGACUUGAGCCGCUAUAUAAUAAAGUCUGCAAACUGAAAACUUCCCAGACUGGCCUGCCCCACUCUCAAGAAAACAUGAAAUCGUUUACCUUUUCAACAGCCGUUUGCUUGGUACUAGUGGCCCUGACCUGUGAGAGCCAACCUUACAACUGCCCGUCUGUGUGUGGCUUUAACCUCAUGCCAGUCUGCGCUGUGGAUCGCCCUCGACGCCUCCUCAUGACGUUUGACAACGACUGCCUCAGGCUGAAACACAACUGCGACUACGGCACAAAUUUCAUUCGGCUCUUUGACGGAAUAUGUCGUCCCAUUUCUAUACCUCCAAGAGAUGACCCAAAAGCCUAAAGGACUAAGAUUGUUACAAAAAACACCUUCUCAUUACUUCCAAAUAACCGGUAAAAUGAUGAGAAAGAAAAUAAUUUUUAAGAGAAAAUAUUUUUCUAGAUAAACUCUCCAACAGACGAAAUUGUUUCCCCGUUACACUUCCCUUCAAAAUAAAUUUAUCUUAAAUGAAAUGUUUUGUAAAGCGA